CCCGACUCAGCUUCCCACCCUGGGCAUUCCGAGCUGCUGCCACCGCUGCCCUCGCCGCCGCAGUCAUGAUCUCCUUAACAGACACCCAGAAAAUUGGAAUGGGAUUAACAGGAUUUGGAAUGUUUUUCCUGUUCUUUGGAAUGAUUCUCUUUUUUGACAAAGCACUUCUGGCUAUUGGAAAUGUUUUGUUUGUGGCUGGCUUGGCUUUUGUAAUUGGCUUAGAAAGAACAUUCAGAUUCUUCUUCCAAAAACAUAAAAUGAAAGCUACUGGAUUUUUCCUGGGUGGUGUAUUUGUAGUCCUCAUCGGUUGGCCUUUGAUAGGCAUGAUCUUUGAAAUUUAUGGAUUGUUUCUCUUAUUCAGGGGCUUCUUUCCUGUGGUGGUUGGCUUUAUUAGAAGAGUGCCAGUUCUUGGAUCCCUCUUAAAUUUACCUGGAAUUAGAUCAUUUGUAGAUAAAGUUGGAGAAAGCAACAAUAUGGUAUAACAACAAGUGAAUUUGAAGACUCAUUUAAAAUAUUGUAUUAUUUAUAAAGUCCUUUGAAGAAUAUUCAGCACAAAUUAAAUUUCGUGAAAUAGCUUGUAAUCUUCUUUACAGAAGUUUAAAACAUAUAGCCUACAAAGUACCAACAGCAGUUAGCAAAGAAGCACUGAAAACAGGCUUCUAAUCAGGUGACCUGAAGUCAGCAAGCAAACUGAGGGAGAGGAAAUUCAUGUUGAAUGCGUAUUUGAACUCCUGAAGGCUGUCUUUAUUGUUUUCCACCACGUAUGAAACACAGCCAUCCUCAGAGAACUGUGGUGCCUGUUUUUGUUUUUUUUUUAAUUUGCAAGUUCAGAAGCACCCAUGGGCAUUUGCUUUUUAGAAAUGUCCACUACAAUGGCAAAGAUAUUUCCAAUGCACCGUAUCUUUGAAAGUGUUGCAUGAGUUAGAUUGGAUUAUGUCAUUUUGAUGUAUUAGAACCAAGGAAAACCCAGUUUUCA